UUGGCAUGCGGCCGCGCGAUGAGAGCAUGCUCGGGAAGCUCCUGGGGCACAUGACGCGCAACGAGGACGACGACGACGAUGACGUCGCGCUGCUUGAAGACGCGCAGGCUGUGGCGGCCGUCCGCCCGUCGACGCCCCGCCUGCCGUACCUCGCCUGGGACGGCGACGCGGUGCGCCCGAGCAUGGCCCGUCCAGCGGCCGCGCCAAGCAUGAGCCCGCGGCCGCAGCGCGAGACGAUCCUCGUAACCGAAUUUGCCUUUCUCCACGCGUCCUUUGCACCACCCUUCCCGCUCGACCCGACGGCGCCUGAGCCCGCUCCGUCCACCUGCAGCUCCAGCGAGGCCUCGUCCUUACCGCGCACCUUGUCGUUUGGCGGCCAAAAGCUUCGUCGCAGCGUGCGCCAACUCGUGCACGAGAUCCAGACCGACGCGAUCGGGACCCGACCAAGCCCUGCUUCCGACGACGACGAGGAGGAAAAGACGAGCGAGCGGGAGCUGCACAUCACAUCCAGCGUCCGCAAUCUCGUCCUCAACCUGCGCCGCGACUGCGAGCGGCACUCGCUGCAGCCUACGACUGUCGACAGCAGCGUCCUUGCUCGGCACGUCAGCCGCCGGCGCGGCUACUCGAGCCCCAUGGAGUAUCAUCGGGGCCGGUCCACGACCGUCACGUCCUUGGCGUCGCAAUCGGCCCCGCACAAGGUCGAUUUUCUGCCGCGUUUGAUGUCCAACGUCACGACGUCGCUGCGUCGACUGAGUCUCAUGCGCGCCACGGCGCGGGCGCCGCUGGUCGAAGCCGACGCGAUCGACGGUGCGCGCUGGAAGAUCGUCGAGCUCGCCUUUCGCUUUGGCGGCCCCCAUCGGUAUUACCUCGUGCAGGCCGUCAACAUGUUUUACCCGCUGCAAAAGUUUGGCCGGCGCGGGUACCCGCACCCAACGCGACUGCUCUGCCACCAAUAUGGCACGCUGCAGUGGGAGCACAAGCGGGGCGGGUACUCGGCGCCAGUGGACCUUGCACUCGUCGAGCUCCUCGUCGACGGCCGGGCGACUGCCGUGUUCCAAAAGCAAAAGCGCGUCUCAAAACGCAACGAAGCGUGCUCGCUGAGCAUCGUCUUUAGCGACCGGACGCUGGAUCUUGAGACGAGCAGCGAAGACCACCGCGACUGGCUCAGCAGCGCCCUCCGCACGCUCGUGAAUUACGCCAAGAAGCAGCGCCGCGCCGAACACAUUGUCGUCAUGGAGGAAGACACCAAGCACCGCGCGCCCGUGAUGGCAUAAGAUCGGACCCCAGACAUUAUUGUACAAUAGAGUGGAUAGGAAAAAAGAGAGUUGUUGGUCCUCUGGACACCAGUAACAUGAGAGCAAAAGAGGUGGCGUAUGAACGCUCACCGAGCCACGCUUCCUUUAGACA